AUGGUUUCAGUUCAACCAAAGGCGUCUGAUAUCGCCGGGGUAAACCAGCGGCGAUGGUGUGGCCAGCGCAUCCCUGCCGUCAAUGGCAACCACCCCAUUGAACACCACCCUGAACUCUGCCCCGGCGCUCUAGAGUUUGCCCUUGAGUAUAAGUACAAGCUUGACUUUGAGCUCCUGUCUUUUCCCCGUGAGUUGACAACCAAGUACGUCCAAUCCACGCCUGGUAGCAAGGUUUUCAACACUCGUCUCAUUCAGCUCGUUGCUAUGGCUUUGAACGAAAUAGGGGUACUUCUGUUCGAUGUUGGUAUCGAAGUUCACCAGGGAACGGGAGAUCGUUCCAUCGAGACGAUUACCCACUGGAAGCAAGACCCGGAUGAUGAGACGCUUCCUACUAUGUUUCGCCACCCUUACUAUUUAAAUGGUGAUAUUUACCCCUUUGAGGUUUUAAACCUUGUUGGUUACCGGGCUGAGUACAGGAUUUUGGGAGGUGUGGUGACUUUUGAUAGAAAGACUGAAGAACAGAAUCUUGCUCAGCCGCCGAACGUCUACAUUGUUCCUAGCCGGGCGGGGACUACGCCUAGGUACUGGCAGCUGUUGGAUAGUCAACAGAAAGGGUUGGUUGAUUUUUUCUUGAAGGAGGAUGAUACUGGGGAGGGUCCGUUUCCGCUGAUAUGUACGGAGGAGAACAAGGUUAGGAUUGAUGAGAGGUUUGCGGUUGUGCCGAGGGGGGUGUAUAGGGAUGUUUGGGAACGGUUGCCGCCGUCGGAAGAGCAUAUGAGGCAUAUGGAUCGGAGGCCUAGGAGGGAGGGGGAUUACCCGAGGAGGGAACGGGUGGAUUUGACAAAGCUAUUGAGGAGAUUUGUGGGAAUCUGGGAGAGGAUAAAGUUGGCGAUGAUGGGUCCUCAAACUAUCUUAGGUAGGCAUGACUGUUGA